GAUCAAAUACAACUUACAACAGCAUGAGUUCGUGUUUAUAAUGAUGUGAAGAUCUGAGUUGAGGUGGCUGUGGUCUACAACAAAGCUAACUACCGUUAGCAUGCUAUGACACAAAUACAGAUUACUCCGCGCUAUAAUGGCAACCUACAAACCAGAUUACGGACCAUACUGACCUGCAGAGUGUCGGCGGCUGACACUGUUGGCGUGUGCAGGAUAGGUCUGUGCCUCCCUCGCUGCUCUCAGCUGGACCUCCACUCUGCAAUGAAACGAAAAUGAAGGGAGGGACUGCAAAAGCACAUUCAAUUUGAACAACUUUAUUCAGAAAACUCUCUCAUGGCUGGCAGAAGAGUUGUGGUCUUCCCCUCCUCAGCGGAGCUUGGACCGGUGCUGGCCCAACUGGUGACAUCUCGGGCUGAGAAGGCCAUCAUGUCUCAUGGCCGGUUCACCCUGGGGCUCUCUGGAGGAAGUCUUGUGUCCAUGCUCAGCAAAGAGCUGCCCGCCCUGCCAGACCUGGACUGCAGCAAGUGGGUGGUUGCUUUCUGUGACGAGCGACUGGUUUCCUUCGAUGAUCCUGAGAGCACCUACGGGCUGUACAAGGGUCAGUUGUUCUCCAAGGUCAACAUCCCUGACAGUGGGAUCUUAACCAUUGACUCCUCUCUGGCAGUCAACGAGUGUGCUGAGGAUUAUACCCGCAAAUUGAAGGAGGCCUUCCCAGAUGGUGACGUCCCAGUGUUUGACCUGUUACUGCUGGGUAUGGGACCUGAUGGACACACCUGUUCCCUCUUCCCAGACCACCCUCUCCUGGAGGAAACCAAGAAGAUUGUGGCCCCCAUCAGCGACUCUCCCAAACCACCGCCACAGCGUGUAACUAUGACCUUUCCAGUGGUGAACUCUGCACGCUGUGUGGCUUUUGUAUCAACAGGCGGAAGCAAAGCACCCGUUUUAAAGGAAGUGCUAGAGGGUAGAGAGGGUCCAGCGUUUCCAGCGGCCCGUGUUGUCCCGACUAACGGAGAGCUGUUCUGGCUUGUUGAUGACCCUGCAGCUGCCUCCUUAACUAUCCAGGUAGAACGGCUAGGCUCCGGGGCCAAACUCUAGAGCUUUCCAUCUGCCAAAAGAAGGCUUAAGGUCAAGACUGGUGUGAAAACCUGAAUGAAAAAACUGAAAAAUAGUGCAAAACAUUCCUACUUUCACAUGAAAAUGGUUUACGUAGGUGAGCUUGUAAGAGAGGAAAUGGAGAUGAACAAAGAAACUGUUAAAUUUGUGUGUGUGUGUGUGAGUGAGUGAGAAUAUGUCUGGAGGGGACCUUUUUAAAUUUAGAUUUUCUCUUGUGAAGUUAAGGAAAUUGGAUGUUCAUAAAACACAAAACAGUCCACUUAUAUGACAAAGUUAUUAUAUUGAUGCACUGUAAAGAAAAAAAAAGAAGAAGCUAUAUUUGUUCUGAUUCUCAGCUCUGAGUUGCCUUCCCACCCUUUGUAAAAUAUCCAAUAAAGUUACCUCUGACGCUGAAAAUGAACCCUCAUUUGGAACUUGAGUGCAUCUUACAACCAUCUGUAACACUUCAUUUCAUUAGCAAUUUAGAUAAAUAAAAUAUUUAUAAAACA